AUGUCCUUCAAGCCAGCGCUCGUUGUUGUUGACAUGCAGGAGGACUUCUGCCCGCCUGUGAGUUUCGCAAAACUUUGCCUGGCAGGCGCAUUGGCUAACGAGAACAGCGGUCGCGAUAUCGUCGCAAUCAUCAACGAAUUACUGUCCCUACCUUUCACGGUCAAGGUCGCAACCAAGGACUUCCACCCCCAAGACCACAUCUCCUUUGCGUCGAACCACCCUGCGCCAAACAACAAGCCUUUCGUGUCGAAAGCUACAAUCACAAACCCAUACAAUCCCGACGAGUCACAGGAGACACAACUAUGGCCAGACCACUGCGUUCAGGGCACGAAAGGCGCAGAGCUGCUUCCAGAGCUGAACGUGAGCAAGAUUGACCACAUCAUAGAGAAGGGCCAAGACAGGCGCGUUGAGAUGUAUUCUGCCUUUGCCGACCCCUUCAAGAACCCUCGCGUCACUGAAAGCGACCUGGCAAAGACUCUGCGAGAUGCGCGUGUGACAGAUGUCUUCGUUGUGGGGCUGGCAGCGGACUACUGUGUGAAGUGCACAGCAAUCGACUCUGCAAACGAGGGCUUCAACACGUGGGUCAUUGGCGAGGCCACCAAAGCUGUAGACCCAUCUUCACUUGAGGCUGUGCAUCAAGCGUACGAGAAGGUUGGUGUCUCGGUGAUCGACAAGGAUGCUGUGCAAGUCGAAAGGGUCAGGGAGCUGGCUGGAGUAGCACGCGGGGAAUAA